UUCCUCUCCUGGGGCUUUUGGGGGUACCUCUGUCACAAUGCUCAGUAAUGUGUAGCAGCCAGAGUGGCUGAUCUGAUUCUGGUCGGCUCAUCUGGACAGCAUGACUCAGGAGGCUCUGCUGGCCUUGCUACUAAUGCUGGCCAGACUCCUACCUGGCCCCCUGGAUGCCCAAGGUAAGCAUUUCUCUAUACCAGUCCUCAUGGCCUCUGAGGGGGAGUCUGUCAAUAUCACCUGCUCUACAAGUGGAGACUUGCAGGGCAUCUAUCUGAAGCAGAGCUGGCCACAGGCUUCCAAAGUGACUUACUUUGAAGACGGGAAGGAGCCCACAGUAGACAAGCGUUUCUCAGGCCGAAUUGACUUCUCGGGUUCCCAGAACAACCUGACCAUCACCAUGCGCCUCCUCAGGAAGACAGACAUUGGAAUCUAUACCUGUAGUGCCGUCACAAAAAACAGAAGCGACGGUUUAUCCACCAUGGUCAUGGUGACAGAAAAAGCAUCCCAAGAAGUAUGCAAAUCCCAGGAACCUCGGAGGACAUCAGUUUCCCUCCCAGCUGCCCUGGCUGUAGGCUUCUUCCUUCUUGGGCUUGUCCUUGGGCUGCUAUGCCCACUGAGGAAAACACAGAUCAAGGAACUGUGUGCCUCGAGGGAUAAGGACACGCGGUGUGUAGUGUAUGAAGACAUGUCCUACAGCAAACGCAAGACUCCAUGCGCCCCCAACCAGUACCACUGAGCCCCUCUACCUAAGUCCCCCAUGCCUUGUUUCAGAAGGGCUCCUAGUAGUCCUGCUGACCCACCCAGCCCAACUCCCUCAGCACCCUUGUGCCACUCAAGUGCCCCCUUGGUGCUUCUGGGUGAAUGGGACUCCUCCUCUGUAAGCUUCCCCACAGGGCUCUGCAAUUUGUCCCCCACCCUAGCCAGGUAGCCCUGAUCAUGUUGCCAUCAGGAAAAAAUGCUUGGGGGGAAAAAUAUGUUACCUGCCUUGGAGCAGCUUGGCCAGAAAUAAACAA